GCCACAUAUUUCUUCAUCUGCUCCCCUUUUCUCCUUCCUUACCUCUACUUCUUCAUUUCCUAAAGCCUACCUCUUCUCUCUCUUUCUCUGUGUUUUCUUCUCUUUGAUACUACCCCUCCUUUAUUUCCUCUGUCACUUUUCUUUCUCCCAUUUCUAUCUACAGGCCAUAUAUAUACCUCUACUUACUAUAAAAACUCUUACCAAAACCACUUUCAUAGCCCCAAAUACUGAUUUCCUGGCAACAACUUAGCCCCAAAUCAGAUCUGAUAUCCUUCUCCUUCUGGACCUUUUUUUCCAAGGGGGUUCUAUAUUCACUGGGUAAGAGGAGAAAUAGGAAACGUUGGUUUUUGGAGAGAUAUAGAAAGUGAGAAGGCACAGUUGGAUUCUCCGAAAUCUUCGUGAGCGUUAUGUUUAUUUCGUUUGGUUUACUAUGAUUUUGGUCUCUGUCAAAAGCCGUAUCAAAUUUGUCAACCCUAUCUUUCUUGGUAUUGUAAUUUUUAUUUUAUUUUUUUAAUUUUUAAUUUUUUUUAACGUAGGAAACAGAUAGGCUUAAGAGUUGAAAACCCCUUUUUUCCAUGACCUAAGUCAGCGUUUGCCUCUUUGUUAAAUUCCAUAUUUCUCUUUUUCUCAGACCACUGCCAGAGAAUCUAGGAAACAAACACAAACACAAAACACAAACCCUUCUAUCCCCUCUAUAUAAGGAUUCCCCUGAAAGACAAAGUACUGUCCACCUUUCUUCUGGGUGAAAGGUAGAGUACUGGUACUAUUCAAAAGCUAUAUACACACACACACACAUACUGCUUGGGAAGUGUUUGUGGGUCGUGAAAUAUGCCUGCCGGGAUUAUGAUUCCGGCGAGCAACAUGCCGUCUAUGAUCGGAAGAAACGGGUUUGGAUCAUCCUCUGGACUUACCCUUGGUCAGCCUAACAUGAUGGAUGGUCAGCUCCACCAGCUAGACAUGGCUCAAAACACAUCCGAGAGUGAUUUAGCCCGAAUUCGAGACGAUGAAUUUGACAGUGCUACUAAAUCUGGUAGCGAAAACCAUGAAGGUGCCUCCGGUGACGACCAAGAUCCACGGCCCAACAAAAAGAAGCGCUACCACCGCCACACUCAGCACCAGAUCCAGGAAAUGGAAGCAUUCUUUAAGGAGUGUCCACAUCCAGAUGACAAGCAAAGGAAAGAACUAAGCCGUGAAUUAGGGUUGGAGCCAUUGCAAGUCAAAUUUUGGUUCCAAAACAAGCGCACCCAAAUGAAGACCCAACAUGAGCGUCAUGAAAAUACAAAUCUGAGAACUGAGAACGAAAAGCUUCGGGCCGAUAACAUGAGGUACAGAGAAGCUCUUAGCAAUGCCUCAUGUCCCAAUUGUGGUGGUCCAACUGCAAUAGGAGAGAUGUCCUUUGAUGAACAUCAUUUGAGACUCGAAAAUGCCCGAUUAAGAGAAGAGAUUGAUAGGAUUUCAGCAAUUGCUGCAAAGUACGUUGGCAAGCCAGUUGUGAACUACCCUCUUCUUUCUCCACCGGUCCCAACCCGGCCACUAGACCUUGGAGUUGGGAGUUUUGGUGGGCAGCCAGGCAUUGGAGGAGAGAUGUAUGGUGCUGGAGACCUUCUUAGGACGAUCAAUGCACCAACCGAAGCUGAUAAACCUAUGAUCAUUGAGCUUGCGGUUGCAGCAAUGGAGGAACUAAUCAGAAUGGCUAAAAUGGGGGAACCCUUAUGGAUGACAAAUCUUGAUGGCACCUCAAUGAUAAAUGAGGAUGAAUAUAUUAGGACAUUUCCUCGUGGGAUUGGACCAAGACCAUCCGGCUUCAAAUGCGAAGCUUCACGAGAAACUGCUGUUGUCAUCAUGAACCACAUCAACCUUGUUGAGAUUCUAAUGGAUGUGAGUCAGUGGUCUACUGUGUUUUCUGGGAUUGUCUCAAGAGCUAUGACUCUGGAAGUAUUAUCAACUGGAGUGGCAGGAAAUUAUAAUGGUGCACUGCAAGUGAUGACAGCAGAAUUCCAAGUUCCCUCACCCCUCGUUCCAACUCGGGAGAGUUAUUAUGUGAGGUACUGUAAACAGCAUGCUGAUGGUACUUGGGCAGUGGUUGAUGUUUCCUUGGAUAAUCUGCGCCCUAGUCCGGCAGUGAGGUGCCGAAGAAGGCCUUCUGGUUGUUUGAUUCAAGAAAUGCCCAAUGGAUAUUCAAAGGUUACAUGGGUUGAGCAUAUAGAAGUUGAUGAUAGAGGUGUUCACAAUCUAUACAAGCAGCUUGUUAGCUCAGGUAAUGCAUUCGGUGCAAAACGUUGGGUAGCAACCCUAGACCGACAAUGUGAGCGUCUUGCAAGCGCCAUGGCAACAAACAUUCCCACCGGUGAUAUUGGAGUCAUUACAAAUCAAGAAGGAAGAAAGAGUAUGUUGAAACUGGCUGAGAGAAUGGUGAUAAGCUUUUGUGCUGGAGUGAGUGCCUCUACUGCACACACAUGGACGACAUUGUCUGGAACUGGGGCAGAUGAUGUAAGGGUCAUGACCCGAAAAAGCAUAGAUGAUCCAGGCAGACCUCCUGGCAUUGUGCUAAGUGCUGCUACUUCCUUCUGGCUUCCUGUUCCACCAAAAAGAGUUUUUGAUUUUCUCCGUGAUGAGAACUCUCGAAGCGAGUGGGACAUUCUUUCAAAUGGUGGAGUUGUACAAGAAAUGGCACAUAUUGCUAAUGGCAGGGAAACAGGCAACUGCGUAUCUCUACUUCGAGUGAAUAGUGCAAAUUCAAGCCAGAGCAACAUGUUGAUAUUACAAGAGAGUUGCACUGACCCAACAGCCUCUUUCGUGAUUUAUGCACCAGUUGAUAUUGUUGCAAUGAAUUUAGUACUAAACGGUGGAGAUCCAGAUUAUGUGGCCCUACUUCCUUCAGGAUUUGCUAUUCUCCCUGAUGGAACAAUGGCUCAUGAAGGAGGCAUUGGUGAGGCUACUACAUCUGGAGGAUCUCUCCUCACUGUUGCUUUUCAGAUUUUGGUUGAUUCAGUUCCUACAGCAAAACUUUCUCUUGGGUCAGUUGCAACUGUUAACAACCUUAUUGCUUGCACCGUUGAGAGGAUUAAGGCUUCUUUGUCUUGCGAGAACGCAUGAUCUACAAACCCUAAAUUCAAGUGAUUAACAGAAGCAAGAAAAGGAAAGGAAAUUAAGAGAAACAAAUUAAGGUGAUGAAGAAUUUCUUCUUUAUACAAGAUGGGCAGAAGUCAAGAGCGCACCUUACAUGAUCCUUUCUAAGCAGUUUACAAAAGCUUAAGCGCAAGGAUUAGGGGUUCGGGUAUUGACUUCUUCAAACAAUUUAAAGAGCUAAAAAAGCUUAACACCUUAUUAUUAUGAAUAGGGUUGAACUUUCUUUCACCUUUUCUUAACUUGGUAGUUAGGGUUAGGGUUUUGCAUGAGUGAAAGCUUAUAAAGCGCUUCACUUAUUUCCUUCUUUGUUUGUUGUUCGGUCGUGUGUUUUUGAAACACCAGUGGGUGAAGAACCUCACACCUACUAGCAAAAUUUUCUUUUCUUUUGUUUUUUUGUUUACAAUUUUAAGAUCUUUUGAAGUGGAUAUUGCUUCCGUAGAUUAUUAUGUCUUUGUGUUCGAAGUUGAUUUGUCUGAUUGUACUUAGCAAGUUAUACGUGCGUGAUUAUGUA